GACUACUGAUUUGAUUGAAUGCCGCAGGAGGACUCUGUUUGAGCAUGCGCAGUACCCUGUCAGCAUGGAGUUGAGGAAGUUUUGUGCCAGAGGCACCUGAGCGUAAAUUGUCUCUUAUUCAAACCACUACGGGAACGUUUCUACACACGUGUUGACCGUGGAAGUUGAAAGUGAAAACAGCGAUGAUCUCAUCUACUGAUCUGGAGCAGCUGGCUGAAAUAGAGCUGCAGAAGGAGGAAGAUGAGGAACAGGGUCGUCAUGGGUACCGUCCGGAUCGCCCUCCAGCCCCACGUAGAGUCAGCUUCAGCCAGGACACCUCUCACCCCUACUACGAUGUGGCUCGACACGGGAUCCUACAGGUCACAGGUGAUGAUAACUAUGGCAGGAAGCUAGUGAUCUUCAGUAGCUGCCUGAUGCCCCCCUCCCAUCAGCUCAACCACCACCACCUACUGCAGUAUCUGAUGUAUACCCUGGACCAGUAUGUAGAGAGUGACUAUACGGUAGUGUAUUUCCACCAUGGUCUCCGCAGCUGCAACAAGCCCUCGCUACACUGGCUACGAAACGCCUACAGAGAAUUUGACAGGAAAAUGUCAUCUUUCCAUCCUACUAACUUUAUCAGAAUCAUCUGGAAUAUAUUCCAACCACUCAUCAGUCACAAGUUUGGUAAGAAGUUGACCUAUGUAAACUACCUGUCUGAGCUCAGAGAUCACCUGAGCUGGGAUCAGCUCAUCAUCCCACCUGAUGUCCUCAGGCAUGACGAGAGGCUGCAGGCGGCCCAGAAGGGAGGUCCCUCAUCUAAGACUCCUCCCCCUAGACCUCCUCUGCCCACUCAGCAGUUUGGAGUCAGCCUGCAAUAUAUUGCUGAGAAGAACCAGGGAGUUAUGAUCCCUCCUGUGAUGUCCCAGACUGUGUCUUAUCUCAAAGACAAAGGCCUCCAGACAGAAGGCAUCUUCAGGAGGUCCGCUCGUGUUCAGCUCAUCAAGGACGUCCAGAAGCUCUACAACCAGGGGAAGCCAGUGGUGUUUGAGCAGUACGGAGACAUCCACGUGCCUGCUGUCAUCCUGAAGACCUUCCUCAGAGAGCUUCCUGAACCUCUGCUCACCUUCCCCCUCUACCACCAGAUACAGGACAUAGUCCGAGUGGAGAGCAGUCUACGAGUGACCACCUGUAAACACAUCCUAGAGAGACUACCAGAACACAACUACAUGGUGUUGAAGUACCUGCUCUGCUUCCUGAACAUGGUCUCUCAGCAGAGUAUCAUCAACAAGAUGUCUCCCUCCAACCUGGCUUGUGUGUUUGGUGUCAAUCUGUCCUGGCCUUCUCAGGGCUCUGUCUCUCUGACAUCUCUAACACCACUCAACAUCUUCACUGAGAUCCUUAUAGAACAUUACCAUACAGUCUUCAGCUCCCGCUGCCCACGAGCAGAGGUACUGCCCUGAUACCACCUGAUACCAGCCCUGAUACCACCUGAUACCAGCCCUGAUACCACCUGAUACCAGCCCUGAUACCACCUGAUACCAGCCCUGAUACCACCUAAUACCAGCCCUGAU